GCUAUCUUGUAGCUGUGCUUACGGCAGUUAGAUGCGGUCGAUUGUACGGCGUUUGACUGAAAUGUGAUAUUUAAAGGGGGUUUCGAAGCAAUUGCCUGUGUUGUUGUGCAUGUUAUUUACCAUCACAAAGAUAGCCACUACUUGAAAGGCUCGCUUGGCUUUUGAAUUGCUUGAAUAAUCUCUGGUAGUGAGAAAAAAAGCAUACUGUACAUUUCCGCAAAGUGCGUGUUGGAACAUGUUGGGUUAUGAAGAUGAUCCUGUUAUUGAAAAAUGUGAUGAAAAUGUUGAUGAUCGUAUAACGAAGCCGACGUCAUUUACUGAUGCAUUUGGCAGCCUAAAAAAUUCGGAAUUUUACAAGGAACCUGUUGAAAAUUGCAAUAGUAAAGCGAGUACCAGCGGGUCAUCUAAGGCAGUUAGACCUAGUGUCAGUAAAUCCAACCCAAUACUAGUCAGUCCACGACAGAGAGGCAAUCCACUUCUGAAGUCAAUCCUCAAUGUGCCUUGGGAAUAUGAAGAGAUUACUCCAGAUUAUGUUAUGGGAAGAACAACGUGCGCCUUAUUUCUCAGCCUGCGAUAUCAUAACCUCAAUCCUGAUUAUAUAAAUGAACGAUUGAAGCAGCUUGGGAAGCAGUAUGAACUGCGGGUGCUCUUAGUACAGGUAGACACAAAGGAUCCACACCAUGCGCUAAAGAACCUAACAAGAAUCAGCAUUCUGACGGAUGUAACACUGAUGUUGGCUUGGAGUGCUGAGGAGGCAGGGCGCAUAAUAGAAACAUACAAAAUUUUUGAAAAUAAGCCACCAGACAUGAUAAUGGAGAAGCAAGAAAGUAGUCCAUAUCAAAAGCUGAUGAGUGCAUUGACAACUAUUCGUUCCAUCAACCGUACAGAUGCAACAACUCUUCUUACGACGUUUGGUUCACUUGAGAAAAUCCUGCGAGCAACUCCUGAGACCCUAGGACUCUGCCCUGGUCUGGGCCCCCAGAAGGCUAAUAGACUGCACAAGGUUCUGCAUCAGCCAUUCCUUAGAGAAGCAGCUGUGAAAGGUGCUAUUUGGGAAGCUUCUUCUUUGUUAAUCUGCUGUCCACAGACUGGUAAUAUGAACAUACACGCUCAAUUCGUGAGAUCCGAGAUCCUCACAGCAGUAAAAAUGUCGUUCUGGGUUGUGACCUUAUGCUCGAAGGUUGUUCCUCCAUUACUUCUUACACACCCACAGUCUCAUAAAUCAUGCUGUAUCUUCCAGCAGCAGCAGCAGCAGCCAUCUUUAGCAGUCUUUUGUUCUCCGCCUACUUAG